CGUUGUGCGCAUACACGUUCCGUUACCGCGCUUCUCUUUCGUCACACUACGAAAAAUGCCAAAGCGUUAACCGUACGCCACAAACACUAGCGCUGCCAGAGCGAAUGUGACAGUCAUAGCGUGCGGUUGGAUUAAUGUGUCUUUCAUUUGAUUCGAUUUGUUCCGAAAACGCACAGUAGCUCACUUCAGUUUAUGUUGUUUUAUAUUGUCUUCUUGUUUUGUGUAAAACAAAAAAAACUGAAUUUUAAUAAUUUUGCUGUCCAUAAAUCGCAUCGUGGACCAGUUUCAUCAAUCAAAAGUUACUAAAUUACGCAUCGGUAUCGGUGUAAUUGAAUCAAUUUCAAUCGAAAUUUGAUUGAAACAGUGUCUGUGCGUAUAUCGUGUGCAAGUGAUUCUAAUUAGAAUAAUUGUUGUGUGGGAGGAAAUGAGUCAAACAAAUGGAAUUGCAAUUGAAAAUGACAUGGAUAAUGUUAAGGAUACUAACGCUAGUGAUGACCAACCACAAAAAACGCAUAGUUUUGACUUGAUAUCGGCUGGAUUGCCUUCGGCCGUGCCACAAUAUGGACUAAAAUUGAAAUUCAAUCACAAGUAUCCAGAGAAACGUACACAAAACAUACGACCAUCGGUGCGACAGAGUUUGCCACUCAUUCCACUGGCAUGGAGAUAUCUGAUGUAUUACUCAAAAGUGACGCGCGAAGGUCGAAAAUGCGUGAUGGAUUACAAUUACGUGGAGCAUUCGCGUCAGAUUUACGGUGUACCCAUCGGUGGUAUUGGCAGUGGAACGAUGGGCCGUGGGUUUGCUGGUGAAUGGUGUCGAUUUCAAAUGCGCCCAGGAAUUUAUGAAUACAAUGUCGUCCAUGCCAAUCAGUUCAUCAUAACGAUCCGUGAUGCCGACGGCAAAUCAAUUUUUCAAAGUCUAUUGUCUACCUACGAACGACCAAAAUCAUCGUUAUCAAGUUGGGAAUCAAAUUUGGAUGCGAACAAAUGUAGAUACACAGGACUAUAUCCACGCGCUUGGUCUGAAUACGAUCUCAGCGAGCAUGGCAUUAAAUUAUGUUGCCGUCAAAUUUCGCCAUUUCUCCCGCACGAGUACAAAGACUCAUCGUUGCCGUGCGCCGUUUUCAUUUGGACAGUGGAAAAUGUGGGCAAUGAAGAGCGAAGCGUAUCAAUUACGUUCACAUUUAAAAAUGGGACUGGUACCAAAAAACAAGACGCCGAAGGCAAUCCGGUGACAACGACAUUAGAUAGCGAAUCGAUAAAAUCGGUUUGUAUCAAACAGACGAUUGUCGGCAUGGAGUGCACAUAUGCGGUUGCGUGCAAAGGUGAUAAUGACACCAAUGAUAAUGUAACAACAUGUACGCAAUUCGAUCCGUGUGGCAGUGGUGAAAAAUUGUGGAAAGACCUGUUUGAAAAUGGUAAACUCACCGAAGCCAGCAACGAUGAAAAACUCAAAGCCAAGGAUGUUGGUGUUGCUAUUUGUGGUGAGGUAAAGGUCAUGCCGCAGUCCAGCACCGACUUGGAGUUUGCGCUAGCAUGGGACAUGCCAAAAAUACAAUUUCACAAGAAAAUCAAAGAAUACACCAGAUACUAUACUAAAUAUUUCGGUGGAAAUGGCGAUGCCGCUCAUAAUAUUUGUAUAUACGCAUUGGAAAGCUACGAGAGAUGGGAACAGACGAUAAGUAAUUGGCAGCAGCCAGUACUUAACGAUCCUGAACUACCAGAAUGGUAUAAGAGUGCGAUAUUCAAUGAAUUGUACUACAUUGCUGACGGUGGCUCACUUUGGCUGAUAUUCGAGCAAACGGACGAUAUUGAUUGUAAUGAUCCAAGAUUGGCUUACGGAAGAUUCGCGUAUUUGGAAGGUCAUGAGUAUCGAAUGUACAACACUUACGACGUACACUACUAUGCAUCACAUGCAUUAGCUAGCCUUUGGCCAAAUCUGCAGAUAAGCAUGCAGUUUGACUUCCGUGACAGCAUCAGUAUGGAAAUACCAGAAGCGCGUAAGCAUUUGUACGAUGGCAAAUCGACGAGUAGAAAAGUACCGAAUUCCAUUCCACAUGAUUUGGGCGAUCCCGAUGAGGAGCCAUUCACCCUGAUCAAUUCAUAUCCAAUUCACGAUGUCGCUGAAUGGCGUGAUUUGAAUGUGAAAUUUGUGCUCCAAGUGUAUCGAGAUUUUGAAAUUCUCAGCGGAUUAUCCAAGUCGGCACAAUCAAACCCCAACAAGUUUACAUCAAUUGAAUUCAUUGACAAGGACAGUGUGUUCGAUUUGAAUGUGCACAUUCAAGACAAUCGCAAUAAAAUAUCAUCGCCCGAAAAUGAAAAGACAAAGAAACCGGCUUCACUCUAUAUCAAUGGAAGCAACGGAAAGUUUUGCUUAAUGGACGGCUUGACUUAUUUAAAGGCAAUGUAUCCGGCUUGUAGUACUUUGAUUGAGAAAACACUCGAAUGGGACAAAGACAACGAUGGUUUGAUUGAAAAUAGUCGAUCACCCGAUCAAACAUUUGAUACAUGGGUUAUGGACGGGCCGAGUGCAUACUGCGCCGGGUUGUGGUUGGCGGCGCUACAGUGUAUUGUAACCAUGGCAAAUUUGGUUGAUAAACCUGAAGAUAGCAUAAAAUACUCGGAAAUACUGGAAAAAGGUAAAAAAGCCUUUGAAGAAAAACUUUGGAAUAAAACUUACUACAAGUUUGACACGAUGAGCAGUUCGAAAAAGUCUGUCGUCAUGGCAGAUCAACUAUGUGGCCAUUGGUAUUUGAGGUGCUGUGGUUUCGACUAUGACGUGUUCCCAAAGGAAAACGUUCGUACGGCAUUAAAGACAAUCUAUGAUAAUAAUGUUAUGGGUGUUUGUGAUGGAAAUUUGGGUGCUGUCAAUGGAUACGUAUUGAAUUCAAACCUGGACAAACCGGGUCAUGUUGAUUACACCACUAUUCAAAGUGAAGAAGUAUGGACUGGUGUGACGUACGCUCUGGCAUCAACUAUGCUCUACGAAGGAAUGGUCGAUGAGGCAUUCCAAACAGCUGGCGGCCUAUACAAAUCGAUAUCACAACGUUUUGGAAUGAAUUAUGAAACUCCAGAAGCCUUUUUCGUUGGCCGUUACUUCCGUUCGCUGGGCUAUAUGCGACCAUUGAGCAUUUGGUCAAUGCAAAUGGCCUGGGAGAAAAAGAAACAGCAACGCGAUUAAUAGACAAUUGUAACAUCUCUAUACAAUGAAAAUAACUGACCAAAAAAAGACAUACAUAUAUAAGAACCCCUUAGAUUAUAUCAUUAUUGUACGUGAAAUGUCACAAAAUUGCAUUAUGAAAAAAAUGUUAUAUUUCUGUAUUUGAUGGUAUUGCUUGUGAGUGACAAAGAAUUUAAAAUGAAACAAAAAAAGAAAAACAAACAGUUCAACAAAAUGAAUUUAAUGUAUGGUGCACAAGCAUAGAUGGCACGAAUACACCCCACACAAAAUGGUUUCACAAGCUAGUAGAUAUUGUUUGGUGCAAUUUAGAAUUGCUUCGUUGUUUCGAAAUCCCGAUAGAUAUAUGUACAAUUCACUCACAAUUUAGUGUCGAAAUUCUGUGAUCAAUGUGUUUUGGAGAACGAAAUCUGAGAAGAAGAAACAAAAAAUAAACCCCAGAACCAAAAUCAUUUUUCGUUUUGUUCGUGCAAUUCUAAUGAAAUUCAAUUCUCUUAAUUCAAAUGAUGUUGUAAAAUCUAUGUUCAUAUAUAUUAUAUACCUACGUAUAGAGAGGAAUAGAUAUUUUGCUUAUUAAAAUCAAACACACAAUGGCCGCAACUUUUGCUACAAAUGACAAUGAGCUGGAAAUCAAUGAAAUAACAAAAUAAACCCAAAAACGACCUCAAUUAAUCUUGUGAAUGUAUUUUUUUUUCAUAUAUUUCAAUCACUUUGUUUAAAUCUGCUUGCAUAUGGACUUUUGUGGAUAGGAAAAAACAAAUAUUGAACGGCAUGUAAUUCGGUGAAAGCAAAUAAAAAAAACACUAUAACCCUUGAA